AGUCUCUUCCUGGCCUCCACCACAAUCGUAGUCAGACAUGUCUAGCCUCCAGGCGCUGUGCUCCGGCCUGCCCCUGAAGCCCCUCCCGGAGAACCGGGGACGCUGGGCUGGGGUGCCCCAUGCCCCAGUCAGGAUCCCGGGCCUCAGCCCUGUGGAGGAGCAGCUGGCCCUGAGGAAUGCCCUGCGCUACUUCUCCCCGAGCGUCCAGGAGCUGCUGGCCCCAGAAUUUGCCCAGGAGCUGCGGCUGUACGGCCACAUCUACAUGUACCGGUUCUGCCCCAGUAUUGAGAUGAGGGCCUAUCCGAUCGAGCAGUACCCCUGCCGGACGAAAGCGGCCGCAGCCAUCAUGCACAUGAUCAUGAACAACCUGGAUCCUGCUGUGGCCCAGUUUCCGCAGGAACUGGUGACCUACGGAGGAAACGGGCAGGUGUUCAGCAACUGGGCCCAGUUCUGGCUGACGAUGUCCUACCUGUCAAGGAUGACGGAAGAGCAGACUCUGGUCAUGUACAGUGGGCAUCCACUCGGCCUCUUCCCCAGCAGCCCUGGCGCCCCACGGCUGGUCAUCACCAACGGGAUGGUCAUUCCUAACUACUCCUCCAGGACAGAGUACGAGAAGCUCUUUGCCUUGGGAGUCACAAUGUAUGGCCAGAUGACAGCAGGCAGCUACUGCUACAUCGGUCCCCAAGGCAUCGUCCAUGGCACUGUGCUUACUGUGUUGAACGCUGCCCGUCGGUACCUAGGCGUCGAGGACUUGGCCGGGAAGGUCUUUGUCACCUCUGGGCUCGGUGGGAUGAGUGGGGCCCAGGCCAAGGCCGCAGUCAUAGUGGGGUGCAUUGGUGUGAUAGCGGAGGUGGAUAAAGCCGCCCUGGAGAAACGCCACAAGCAAGGUUGGCUGAUGGAGGUGGCCGACAGCUUGGACCACUGCAUUGAGAGACUCAGGGAAGCAAGGAGAAAAAAGGAGGUGCUCAGCCUUGGUUACCAUGGCAACGUGGUGGAUCUUUGGGAGCGCCUGGUUCAUGAACUGGAGGCGACAGGGGAGUGCUUGGUGGACCUCGGGUCAGACCAGACCUCCUGCCACCACCCAUUCAACGGGGGUUACUACCCUGUGCAGCUCGGCUUCACGGAGGCCCAGAGGCUCAUGGCUUCUAAUCCUGCUGCAUUCAAGGACCUUGUCCAGGAAAGCUUGAGGAGGCAAGUCUCAGCCAUCAACAGGUUGGCCAAGGAGAACUUUUUCUUUUGGGACUAUGGCAAUGCCUUCCUCUUGGAGGCCCAGAGAGCAGGAGCAGACGUGGAGAAGAAGGGGGCCGGUAAGACAGAGUUCCGCUACCCUUCCUACGUCCAGCACAUUAUGGGGGACAUAUUCUCCCAGGGAUUCGGGCCUUUCCGCUGGGUAUGCACAUCAGGGGACCCCCAGGACCUGGCAGUCACCGACCAGCUGGCCACGUCGGUGCUGGAGGGAGUCAUUGCUGAUGGAGUGAAGGCAUCUGUGAAGCUGCAGUACAUGGACAACAUCCGCUGGAUCCGUGAGGCUGCUAAGCACCAGCUGGUGGUGGGUUCCCAGGCAAGGAUCCUGUAUUCGGACCAGAAGGGCCGUGUGGCCAUUGCUGUGGCCAUCAACCAAGCCAUCACCCAUGGGAGGAUCAAGGCACCAGUGGUCCUGAGCCGAGACCACCAUGAUGUGAGUGGCACCGACAGCCCCUUCAGGGAGACCUCCAACAUUUACGAUGGCUCUGCCUUCUGUGCAGACAUGGCCGUGCAGAACUUUGUGGGUGACGCCUUUCGUGGAGCCACCUGGGUCGCGCUUCACAACGGAGGAGGCGUGGGCUGGGGUGAGGUCAUCAACGGGGGAUUUGGCCUUGUGCUGGACGGGACUCCGGAGGCUGAGCAGAAAGCCAGAAUGAUGCUCAGCUGGGACGUUUCCAAUGGCGUGGCACGGCGCUGCUGGUCCGGGAAUCGGAAGGCUCACGAGAUCAUCUGCCAGGCGAUGCAGGAGAACAGCCGCUUGGUGGUGACACUGCCCCACGAGUUGGGGGACGAGAGGGUGCUCCAGCAGGCCCUGCAGCUCUGA